CAAACGCCGUGGGUCUUCCCGGAGAAGUUUCGGUACCAGCACUAAGUUGGCGGUUGCCAUGACUGCAAGUUCAGGCUGGGCCCCGGAGGGAAGUGACGAGCGGGGCUGUUGUUGGGACACGUGACUGGAGCUGCGCUGAUCUGUUUUGACAAGCAGCAGGGAGGGAAGUGAGGCGGCGGAGGCAGACAGUAGCAUCACGACUAGCAGGACUGACUGUUCCUUUAAUCCGCAUUUCGCCUGAACAUUAUCAGAUAGUUGUCUCGCGCAGGAGCCUGGUGACCCAGCUCGCUCGCGCUGAAGUACGGAGAGCUGCUCGGUGCGGGCUCGCGGCAGACGUUGCCGUCGUCAGUGAAGCGUUCGGUCGGAGUCGGUGUUGUUUGUUGUUGUCGGUUUGCAAAAGUUUUAAUGAAGACCACAAAGGAAGUCAGCGCAGGCGGCGUUUCCAGCGAGAAGUAAAUGGCGAAGGGUCGACCUCGAAAGCGGACCAAAUUCGUUUGACAACAUUUAGUCAUUUUGUGACUAUAAUGAUAGGCUAAAAUUUGUAUUGCUGUAGCUCCCCCUCCGAAUGGAAAUAAAAAACCCAUACAGAGACCGUUUGUAGCUGGGCUGAGCUACGUUACAGGAGCUGAGAUGUUUGGACGGUGAACCAACAUUAACGAAAGGGUUAGUUGGUCGAGUUUUUUUUUUCUUCUGUGUUGCUAGCUGCACUGCUGAGUUAGCAAGCCUCCGAAGCGGUGGUAUCAACAUUACACAAGCUGUGGGGGGCACUGCGAAAUGAAUCUCGACUUAACUAUGAUUCAGGUGGCGGAAUCCGAGACGAGCUGAGGAAGGAGCCAGCUUGCUAGUUGGAUUACUAGUUCACAGAUUGGUUACUCGCUAGCAAGCAGCUUGACAACUCGUUUGUCCGACGCUCCGAGUAUCAGCUGUCUUUGUGUGAGUUGGAGAACACAGUGCGACUCGAUGGAAGCGUACCGGAGCAUGCUAACAAAGCAAGGCUUUGUUGUUGGAUAGGGGUUGGGGGGGCAGUUGGCACUGACACGCAGGCUUUACAGCUGAUAUCGUCGCUUAGCUAAUACAGCAGGUCGCUGGGGCCAGAGGGGCUCUUUUUUUUCCUUUUUCUUUUUUUUUUUUUUUUUUAUUUAAGGGGAGCCGUUUGGGGGGUUCCAGGCACCGUCGUGUUGCUGUCAAAGCAAGCUGCGCGUGACACAGAAAGACGACCCUGAAGUCAACCAGAUGACACUGGACAACAUGAAGCCCGAGCGAGAUGCGACAGAGGAGUUUUUCGAGUACGAUGCCGAGGAGUUCCUGGUGUUCCUGACCUUGCUGAUCACAGAGGGAAGGACACCGGAGUAUUCGGUGAAAGGCAGGACUGAGGGGCUGCACUGCCCCCCGGCUCAGUCAGGCAUGCCUCCUCUCCACAAGCAUGAAUGCAGCGACAAACUGCCUCAGUGCCGACAAGCCAGGCGAACCCGUUCGGAGGUGAUUCUGCUUUGGAGAAACAACAUCCCUAUCAUGAUCGAGGUCAUGCUGUUGCCAGACUGUUGCUAUGGUGAUGAGUGUCCCCCAAGUGACCCAAUCAGUGACCCAGUCAUCAAACAAGAUGCUUUGCUGUUGGAGAGGUGGACCCUACAGGCUGUUCCAAGACAAAGCGGCGAUCGUUUCAUUGAAGAGAAAACUCUGCUGUUGGCUGUACGAUCUUACGUCUUCUUCUCCCAGCUCAGCGCCUGGCUCAGCGCCUCCCAUGGCAUCGUCCCCAGGAACAUCCUGUACAGGAUCAGUGCUGCUGACGAAGAUCUGGUGUGGCAGUUUUCCCAGCCACCGUCCGAGCACAUAUUCCCCGUCCCCAACGUCUCCCAGAGCGUCGCCCUGCAGGUCCGCGUCCAGUCGCUCCCCCGCCAGCCCACCUACCCCACCCUGGCCUGUAGCAUCCACACCGGCCUGCCUCCCAUCUACAGCAAGACCCCCAGCCUCAGCCCCAACCUUGGCAGCCACGGUGGCCUGCCCACUCUGAAGAAGAGACAGGAGCCUGGCAAAGACAGCCUCCAUUCUAACUCCAACAUGUACGGCAAGAGCUCCAACUCCACGUCUAGCCUUCUACUCAACGGACUACCCAUCCCUAAUCUGCCCAUCAACAACAUCCCGAUCAACAGCCUUCCUCACGCCACCGUGUCACAUCCGUACAGCAAGAAGAGCCAGGAGCCUGGAGAGAACCACACGUUUCACAACGGCGAGCUCCCGCAGGUCAACAUCCCCCAGCGCCAGGGCUCGCCACUCUUCUACCGACCCGCCCGCUCCCCCACGCCUUCACGCUCCAACUCCCCCUCCCCGCUUCCCUCGGGUAAAGCAGGGAAGUGGUUGUACACGGCGCUCAACGGUUCAUCCGACCCCACCCCGGUGGACGACUACACCUGUGGCACCAGCAACACCGACCAGUCCAAGGCUCCUAUCCCAGAGCCUCUGAGAAGUUUCAAGAACUUGUCCCUGGCUGAGUCGUCCCGGUGCCCCUCCCCGAGGCCUUCCGGAAGCGAAACCAAUCCCCUCAUUGGCUCCCUGCUGCAGGAGCGACAGGAAGUCAUAGCUCGAAUCGCACAAAGGCUCAACUUCUGCGACCCGACGGCACCGCCACUUCCCCCAGGCCUGUUCGCCACCGACAGCCCUCACAAAGCCAUGUGGGGCGGCAACCACGACGACAAAGCCGCCGGUAAGACCAAAGAACUUGAGACGCGCCCUUACGAGUCGGUGGGACACGCUAAGCCUGUGCCGUUUAGCACCCCUGUGACAGAGACAUCGCGCUUUAUCAAGCGGGAGAGCUCCUCCCCGAAACCCGCCGCCUGCAGGAAACUGAGGAUGGCAGAGGAGUGGAACGGAGAAGUGACGGACAGAGAUAAGGAGAACAAUCGGGACAGCUCGCUCAUUGCCCAGGCGGUGCAAGACAUCACCAGGCUCAUCCAGGAGAGGCUGGCCGUCCCGCCUUUGUCCCCCCGGCACAGCCGCAGCACUAGCCCACUGCACCACCACGUGCACACGACCACAAUCACACACACCGUGCGCACGUAUUCUCAUCCCCCACCAGCCAGCAAUGGCUGCGCCAACGGCCAUGUACCCAGCCACGAACCUCAAAGAGACGGCAUGCACAACGCCGCCUCGCACUCGCCUGUUUGCACAGAGAAGCCCCGAGGCGGACCGCGGGCCGAACGCCGCUCUGCGCGGGCCCAAAACGGUGCUCAGUUUACACUUGAAGAGACCUCACUCAACGGCCAGGCCGACACCCGGGUCCCCUGCCGUUUACAUGCUUCCCCGCAGGAGAAGCUCCCAGUCAGGACACCCAGCAGCCAUGACACCCCGCCUCCCUCCCCUGUCCUGGAGAACAAACCAAGAAAUGCCCAGAUGUUCAGCUGGAACAACCACAGCGCCACAAACUGUUACAGAAUCCAUGACGACGGCAAGCCUCAGACUCUGCACCAGAACGACAUGCAAGCUCAGGCGUCCGCUCUGCGGGAUGAGAACCAGGCGCCCUCAGAGUGCGACUCCUUCGCAUCCAGUCCAGAAAUGACUCCAUCACCCUCAAUCCUCCGUCCUCACAGCCCCUCCCCCUUGCGUCCCUACAACAGCUGGAAGAAACAGAAUCGCCACUCUCUGGACGCCACGGCAACGAAGGCCUUCCACCCCUGCACCGGCCUGCCUCUGCUCUCCAGCCCCGUUCCUCAGAGGAAAAAUCAAACAGGUUACUUUGACCUGGACAUCUCUCUGACUGGUUGUAAGGGUUUGCCUUGGGCCUCUGGGAAAAGGGUGUGUCCAAAGAGAGAUGAGAACACCGAUGAGUCACAUCAGCUGUUCAGCGCCAGCGCUCCUCCUGCCAGUCUAAGCCUGCUAGGAAACUUUGAGGAGUGUGUGUUGAACUAUCGACUUGAGCCUUUAGGGACAGUAGAAGGUUUCACAGCAGAGGUGGGAGCCAGCGGCUCUUUCUGCCCAAGUCACCUGACCCUGCCAGUAGACGUGUCAUUCUACAGCGUCUCCGAUGACAACGCUCCCUCCCCAUACAUGGGUGUGAUUAACCUGGAGUCCCUGGGAAAAAGGGGCUACCGUGUACCUGCAUCAGGAACCAUUCAAGUGACCUUAUUCAACCCUAACAAGACAGUGGUGAAGAUGUUUGUUGUGAUGUACGACCUAAGAGCCAUGCCAGCUGGACAUCAGACCUUUCUACGCCAGAGAACCUUUUCUGUUCCCGUUCGCCGCGACGCCAACAAUCAGACCAACAGGAAGCCCCUCAUUCCGGGCCAAGGCCGCACGCUGCGCUACCUCAUCCAUCUGAGGUUCCAGAGCUCAAAGUCUGGAAAGCUGUACCUUCAUAGAGACAUCCGUCUGUUGUUCUCCAGGAAGUCCAUGGAGGUGGACAGCGGUGCUGCCUACGAGCUCCAGUCCUUCACAGAAUCGCCCAUAGAUCCUCCAUUUUCUCCUCGUUGCUGAAGCCCAACACUUCAUCUCUUCAUCUGACAGUCCAUUACUGAAACUUCAGCCACACCUCGAAGCCAGCACUAGACUCCAACUCACUCCAUCAGUCUGUUGUGUGACUUUUUUUUGUGAGAGAGAGAGAUGAGGUUGACCUGUAUCCGAAGACUUCACUUCCAUCCUGUUCAUCGCCCAAUAAAAUGAAAAUGGGGUCGACAAGGAGCCUGAGAGACUCGUCAUAGAUACACCUUGUUCUCUGUGAAUUGCACAUCCUUGGAACAGACGGAUUUAGACAGAAAAUUAGCUAUUGGAGGAGUUCAUGAUACUGUUCAAAAUGUGUUUUUUUUUUUUUUUUGCCAUAUUAGAAUCAUAUUGUUUCUUCUUUUCCUGGAAUUUAAUGCAUCCCCUCUAGUAUCUGGCUUUAAUUUAAUCAGAGAAGUUCAGGUCUUUUUUUUCUCUGCUGGCACAAAUCAAAAUGUUGUUUUUCCUCUCAGAAUAAGUUUCAUUUCUGUUUACGUUGUCUCCAAUUUCCUUCUAAUUCAACACAAAGCCCAUUAUUGCUAAGAUUCUCCUUAUUUUUCAUAUACGAUUGGGUCUAAGAACAUGAUCUCUAAUGUGUGACCCUAUGAUUCCUGAGCUGUUUAGGAGGAAGCAGGCGGAACCAGGCUGUGGCGCAACACUAAUCUUGGACCAUCAAGGAACAUGCAAUCACGAUAAUGUACCUGAAAACAUCGCAGCAGAACAUCAUACUGUGCACUGUGGAUUUUAUUUUUUUUUUUUUCCCCCAUUUGGUUCUUCGUUAUAACUGGAAACGGAACAGAAAAUAGUCAUAUUCUAAUACUUUUGUACUGUUACAAAAACCACUUUAUUGGAACUGUUGCAAUAGAAUGAGUAACAUUAGUUUAGUGUUUACACGUUCACUUUUCAAUUUACUUACCAUCAGUUUAUUUAAUAUUUAAAUUAAUAUUUCAGUUACUAUUUGUGACGUCUGUCAUGCUAAGAUGAUGUAGUGCAAACUGUAUAUCAUAGUGUGUAUUUUUGACAUUACUAUUCAAAUCUGAAAAAAUAUAUAUAUCUAUAUCUUCUAAAUCAA